GGAAGUAGUCCGAUCAUAACAAAUGCUAGCUCUCCGUUGACAUAUUUUUGCAACUUUAAAUGAGUUUCACGUUUGUUGAAUCGUAGAGGUUUCACAGUUAAUCAUCACCAAAGCGUGUAAACAUGGAGACGCCGGAGCCGGGCCCAGCGGACGGAGAGGAGCAUCUCGUGGAGCUGCGACCUCGGACGCGCUCCAACCCCGAAGGUGCCGAGGACCGCCGCAGCAGCACGGGCAGCCUCGGGGGGAACAGCAACCCCAACAACAACAACGUGUCUCAGCCGGCCGUGGGGAGUCGCGUGGAGGGAGAGGGCGAGGCGUCCAGCGCUCCCAGUUCCACGGCCGCGACCCUGUCGGUAGCGGCAGCUCAGGCCGUCGCCCCCGUCGCAUCGGCAGCCGCGGCGCCACUAGCUGCUGCGGCCAAAGAGAGGCCGAAGCCCGCGCAGCAGCCGCCCGCCGCGACGACCCCCAUCCCGCCGCCGGCAGAGUACCAGCUCAGAGUUCCACGUGUCAACUGUCCAGAGAAAGUGAUCAUCUGCUUGGACCUUUCCGAGGAGAUGUCUUCCUCAAACUUGGAGUCUUUUAACGGGUCGAAAACAAACGCCCUGAAUAUAUCCCAGAAGAUGAUUGAGAUGUUCGUCAGAACUAAACACAAGAUCGACAAACGGCACGAGUUCGCCCUGGUGGUGAUCAACGACGACGCUCUGUGGUUGUCAGGCUUCACCUCUGACCCCAGGGAGCUGUGCAGCUGUCUGUAUGACCUGGAGACCAAUGUGUGCGAGUCCUUCAACCUUGAAGAUCUUCUGAAUGUAAUUCGUCAGAAGAUCGAGCUGCCGUCGAUGGACAACGUCCAGACGGUCCCGCCUCCCUACGUGGUGCGAGCCGUGCUCGUCUACAGCCGCCACGCGGGGCGGCUUCAGUUCAGCCCGUCAGAGGCCGUCAGCAAGAUGCUGCAGUCUCCGUACUUCUUCCUCGAUGUGGUUUACCUCCACAACGGGGUGGAGGAGCAGGGGGAGGAGGCCAGCUGGAGGGACACCUAUACGUCGUUCUGCAACCUGGACUCGAAGGGCAUGUGCUAUCGCUUCGAGGUGUCCCUGAGCGGGGCGGCCAUCGAGCUGCACAACUGCAUGGCCAAGCUCCUGGCCCACCCUCUGCAGAGGCCCUUCCAGAGCCACGCCUCCUACAGCCUGCUGGAGGGGGAGGAGCUACAGGACGUCGAGGCGACGGUGUGAAACGUGGAACUCUCGCGACGUGGUUUAUGAAAAAGGGGGUUUUCUAAGUACACCUUUAUAACUGAAGGGUUUCACAUUGGCAAUACUUUGUACGGAUAUUUGUGAGAACGAGGUGGGGUCCUGAGGAGACAACAGAGUUUUAGCGGGUUACUUAACUCACGUGAUGUUUCCAUUAAGUCAGGAUUGUUCCAAGCCGUAAGAAGUAAUAACAUUAUUUGUUUUUUUGGGCUGUAACACUGCUGGAGGUGUCGUGGAUGUCAGAGUCCAGGUAGAAGGAAACAAGGAUGAUGAUUUAAAGCGUCUGGCUUUGUUUAACUUUCUCCCUUACACGACAUUGUUCUUUCAAAUCAUCGCCGCACCGAUCGGCCUUAAAGGGUGAGAACGGUGCACGCCUUCGUCUCAAACUGUCACACUGAUGUGUUCUGUAUCAGACGUCACAACUUCUGUCAUAUUUCCUUCCCGUUUACGUCAUAAUGUUCACCUUUUGUCGCCCGUUUUAAAUGUUUUUUUUGUUGUGAUUUGUGAGUUGUUUUUAUCUUAAUUUAAUUUGUCAGCCGUGUAUGUUUUGCAGACUAUGAAAGAAUGCACAUUCAUGUCGAAGUGGCCCCUCCUUGUGUUAGUGAUCUCUGACGUUGAUGGAUUGAUUGUGGAAAAGGCCCCAAACUGCCAGAGAAACACGUUGUACCGGUGAGCUCCUGCAUAUUAAAGAAAACACGUGUUGAA